CCAAGUUGGGCGUCGGUCUCAGGGGUUGCGUCAUGACGUCAUGACGGUAUGACGUUCGGUUGAAAGCGGAAGUAACGCCGACAGAACGACCGGCGAGCGGAAGUUGGUUUUCUUGUUCGGACUUGUUUGCCGGCUGGGGCUGUUCAGUGUUGGCUCUUCUUUUUUGCGCAGCAAAGCAACAUGUCGAACGGACUCGUCGAGAUCCACGACCCCUUCGCUGACCGCGAUGACCUCAGCGGGGCGACCUCGGAAGCGGACAGCCUCCAACACACGGCGGAGUUCCGCCUCCUGAUGGCGUACGCCAAGAGGAGACGGCGGCGGGAGAAGACGGGCCGCUCGCCCGUCGAGGAGGGCGGGACGGCCGCGGCGCCGGUCCGGAGCCGCGAAGAAACGACGCCGGCCGAAACCAAGAAGAAGAAAAAGUGGAAACGCCUGCCCAACAUUUUGAGGUGCGUCAAACCCGAGACGGGCAACAGCCACAAAGCGCCCGAGAGGCAAAAUGAUGUCGUCAGGUGCUUGGGAGAUCUGCCAGUCGUUUCCCUGGUGGACCUGAACGAGUCGCAGGACAUGAUGGACGAGGCGGCGAGCAGGCUGACCGAGAUCGCCGACGACGUCCCCUUCGCUCCGCCGGACCUGGAGGCCGAUUCGCCCGACGAUGCGGAGGCCGACGUGGAGAAGCUGAUUGGUCUCCUGCUGAGGGAGUGCGGAGACCAUUUCGAUGAGGAGGUGACAAAAGAAUUGAAGGAAACUUUAAGGUCCACGCUGCUUUCCUGGAACUACGGCUUCUUCGAGAGGUUGAUGCAGACCCUGCUGAAGAGGAUGGGUCUCUUCAACCCUGACCCCGACGCGCCGGGCCCGCAGACGUCGCCCAAGACUCAAAUCGCCGUCGCCUGCGAGGUGACGAGCCGCCUGUCCGCCGCCGACACGCUCCCCGUGAACCGCCUCUUGGGCUACGGCGCCACCUACCUGCAGAAUCACUUCUCCUCGUGGGCCAAGCAGCAGGGCGGUUACGAGGCGGCGUUCAAUGACGACGACGAAGUUCAGUGAUGGCUGAAAUUUUGCACUCUGAAGCUUCCUGAUUUGACGCACUUCACCGUUUUGCACGUACGCGAUGGCGAGAUGUGAUGUGGACUCGGAUAUUUUUCAGUGAUUCUUGUCUCGUUCGGGAACUUUGCAGCACUUCGAGCUCCAUCUGACAUGCUCAGCUUAGAAAAAGUCGAGCAUUGCUUUUGGGUAAAAUAUCUGUGAACAAAUGAUUUUUGAGUCACGUGUGUGUGUAUUUUGAAUGAGAAAUUAAAAAAAUUAUCGUGAGGAGAAGCGGCUCGGAAAUUGGAUGGAUCGUCAGCAAUGGUGGCGUUUUUUUUUUUUUUUU